GCAGCUCCCCUAUAAGAACGGCAGCUCACUCGCCCCCUCCUCGCUCGAUCUAUAUUCGCAGGGAGUGGCUACCAUCGCAGCUCCUACCCAGUCAGCUCGUCCCGGCAACCUCCCUUUCGACCGCCACCAUGUCGGGCAACAUCGCCUUCGGCCGGUUCGAUGACUCCUUCAGCGCGGCCUCCCUCAAGGCCUACAUUGCCGAGUUCAUCUCCACCCUCGUCUUCGUCUUCGCCGGCGUCGGCUCCGCCAUCGCCUACACAAAGCUGACCGGCGGCGCGCCUCUUGACCCGGCCGGUCUGAUCGCCGUGGCGGUGUGCCACGGGUUCGGGCUGUUCGUCGCGGUCGCCAUUGGCGCCAACAUCUCCGGCGGCCACGUUAACCCCGCUGUCACCUUCGGCCUCGCCCUCGGCGGCCAGAUCACUAUCCUCACCGGCAUCUUCUACUGGAUCGCCCAGCUCCUCGGCGCCAUCGUCGGCGCCGUCCUCGUCCAGUACUCCACCGGCGUGGCGACCCCGACCCACGGCCUGUCCGGCAUCGGCGCGUUCGAGGGCGUCGUGAUGGAGAUCAUCGUCACCUUCGGCCUCGUCUACACCGUGUACGCCACCGCGGCCGACCCCAAGAAGGGCUCCCUCGGCACCAUCGCCCCCAUCGCCAUCGGCUUCAUCGUCGGCGCCAACAUCCUCGUCGCCGGCCCCUUCUCCGGCGGAUCCAUGAACCCGGCCCGCUCCUUCGGCCCCGCCGUGGCCAGCGGCGACUUCACCAACAUCUGGAUCUACUGGGUCGGCCCGCUCAUCGGCGGCGGCCUCGCCGGCAUCGUCUACCGAUACAUCUACAUGUGCGGCGACCACGCCCCCGUCGCCGGCAGCGACUUCUAAGCGCCCCAAGUGACCCAAGUAGAGCAACGACGAUUGCGGUGCAUUGUUGUUUGGUCUCUCUCAAUCCUAUUGUUGGCAGCAUAAAGUGAGGGUCAGGCUGUGAUGGGCAUUAUCGCAGCAUGUCGUUUGUUUGGUUCAGAUCAAAGCCCCGGAGGCUGUGGUGCGCAUGCGCUUGGAUGAUUGGUCAUGUUUCUCCAUUUGCUCCCUUUUUGUAACGUGGUGAGUGUGAAGUUGAUGGGGUUCCAGAACGAACAAGAGCGUUCCUGUUGACUUUUAUUGCGAGAUUUGCAAUAACUUUAUUCAGUUUCUGCC